UCGAACUAACGAAACACUGGGCCGCCUGCAGCGGAGCGCGCGAACUUAACCACUCGGCCACGGGGCCAGCCCCUCAAGGAUUUUUUAAAAUGUAAAAAUACCUACCCUGAGUGUAUCAUGGACAAAGACUUUUGGGGAAAUACAGUACAGUACAGAUUAAAUAAGCCAGUAGGUAUUGGUAAAUAAUGGGAAGAAACUACAGAGGGAGCCAGCAUCACUUUUCUUUUCCAGGAGGUGUUUCACAUGUGAGUUGUGACCCCCAUGCAGGUGCACACAGUAUAUAGUGGAUUUAAUCUGUAAAUGUUCAGAGUAGUCUAAAAGGUAUAUUCCCUGCCUCAGUUGGUUGCUAAUAAAGGAAAAGACUGUUUUCCAUUUGCCUGACCUUAGUCCUCUCCUGACUAAUUAGGGUAGUGAUUCUGUCAGUUUCGUUUUACAGCUUCCUUGUCCUUUAAGUUGCCCUCGCUAGAUGUGGCCUUUUAUACUACACGUCUGAUAGAAUUGAAAGGUGAGCAGAGUUGGAUACUGAUGAUGUUUGAGCAACAGAAGAAACUAAGGAAGGUCACUGGACCAGAGCAUAGGAACACAUCCAGGUUACACGAUGUCUGACCCAGGGGAUCUUCCUAAAGGAAAGCCCCAGAAGUAUCCACAAAGGAAAAGAACCAUGUUCACUCAGAAACAACUGGCGGAUUUGCGGCUCCUGUUCAAUGAGAACCCAUACCCGACCUCCAGCCUUCAGAGAGAAAUGGCCUCAAAAAUGGAGAUACAUCCAACAGUCGUGAAGGUUUGGUUCAAGAACCACAGAGCAAAACUCAAGAGAGCCAAAUACAAGCCUAUUCAGCAAAAACAACAAGAGGCUCAACAGCAGCAAUUAGCUGAGGCAGGAGGCAAGGCCAGCUCUUCCAAGACAGGCGCGGAUACACCUCCCAGAUCCCCUCGCAGGGCCCUCCCCGCAUCCCUGGUUUAUACAGAGCAUCCAGUGCCUGCCUUCCAGCUCCGCCUGUGCCCCAAUUUUAAUGCUCACACAGACCACUUUGUUGGCCACAAAAUAGUUCAUUUCGGCUGCUGCCGAGACCCUAACAUAUACUGCCUCUCUCCCACUCUGGAAUCCCAAGUUCUUUCCACGAGCAUCAGCGCUAAUUCCUUCUGCUCUUCAUCACCACCAAGAUCUUGUCAGUGAGAGGACCCAGACACAAAAAGUCACGUGGUGGAAUGAUUUGUAAUGAUUCCCACACACGAGAAUGCUUUUCAGCCAUAAAAAGGAAGGAACACAAGAUAUACACAACAUGGAUGCGUUUCAACAUUGUGUUGAAUGAAAGAAAAAAAGACACGAAAGACAACAUACUAUAUAAUUCCAUUUAUAUGCAUUCCUGGAGCAGGAAAUGCCACAGCGCCAAAAAACACAUUAGCGGCUGCCCAUGUGGUAGAUCUAAGAGACUAGUAUGGGCAGUAUCUUUUUUCUUUUUCCUGCUUCUUUGUUAUGAUUUUAUUUUUUUUCUCCAGUAUCAUUCAGGUUUAGUCACUGUCAGUAAGUGGAGCUUUGGCUUAUUUUUUUCUACUUUCUAUUUUUUAGUCACCUUCCCAGCCAUCUCUUUUUUUUUUUUUUUUUUU